AUGAAUAUUUCAAGACUUUCUACGGGAAUAUUAUUUUACAUUUUAAUAUAUUGUAAUGCAAAAGCAUUUAAUAAGCAACAACAACAACCUCAACAUCAACAACAUAUAAUUUAUAGUAAAAAUUAUUCAAACCCCAUAUACUCAAAUAUUAUUGAAAAAAAUGGAAAUAUUGAAGGUUUAAUUUUUUAUUUUGAUUAUCCCGAAUUAUUAAGAAAAGAAUUCCCAAUUGAAUUAAAUAAAUUUUUAAUCUAUUGGGAAAAAUCAAUUCCAAACCAAUAUUUAUAUAAACCAAUUUAUUCUAGAGUAAAAACAAUUGAAAGUAUGAAAAGAAAAGAAAUUAAAAGAUCAUAUAUUGCCGGUAAAAUAGUGCACUGGUUUCAAAUCUUUGAUCAAUGUGGUAUUUCAAUGAUUAUAAAUCCAAAUUAUAAAACUUCUUUUAUUAUUGAAAAAUUAAAAGAAUUGGAAUUAAAUGGUUAUUUUAAAAUAAUUGAAAUAGAAAGAAAAUCAGAUUUAUAUGGAUAUCGUGCUUAUCAUGUUGAUAUUGAAUUUGGUGAAAUUAAAAUAGAAAUUCAAAUAAGAUCUGUGUAUGAAGAUAUAUUUAAUAUUAUAUCACAUGACAAUUAUAAAGAGAAUAAUAAAAAUUUAAAACUACUUUUAAGUUAUCAAUCUUUUUUAUUAUACAAAGCAGAAAUGAAUCAACCAACAAUUGAAUAA